AUGGCAGAUCGCGGGCAUUUUAAAAGAGAGGAGGAGGAUGAAGAAGAGGCUGAGGAGGAGAUUGAUGAGACCGAUUACAAGGCACAAAAAGAUGCCGUUCUGCUCGCCAUUGAUGUCAGCUCAUCAAUGCUACAGCAUCCCCCAGCUUCGGGCUCAAAGAAGGCGGAUAAGGACAGCGCCGUCGAAGCAGCCUUGAAAUGCGCCUACCAUCUCAUGCAGCAGCGCAUUAUCUCGAACCCUCGAGACAUGAUGGGCAUUCUCUUCUUCGGCACUGAGAAGUCCAAAUUCCAAGAGGAAAGCGGUCGGUCUGGCUUGGGAUAUCCGCACUGCUACUUGUUCACCGAUCUCGAUAUUCCCGCAGCAGAGGAUGUCAAGGCGCUGAAGACGCUAGUCGGCUCUGACGGCGAAGAGGGCGAGGACGAGGAUGAGGUCCUGGUGCCGGCAAAAGAAGAUGUGCAGAUGGCAAACGUGUUCUUUUGCGCAAAUCAGAUCUUUACAACCAAGGCGGCGAAUUUUGGCAGCAGGCGCCUUUUUAUCAUUACAGACAAUGAUGACCCUCACGCCAAGAACAGGGAUGCCAAGUCAGCAGCGGCUGUUCGAGCCAAGGACCUCUACGACCUCGGUGUUAUCAUCGAACUGUUUCCCAUCACCAGAGAGGACAAAAAAUUUGACCUCGGCAAGUUCUACGAUGACAUCAUCUAUCGAGACCAAGCCGCGGAGGCCAACCUCUCCGAGGUACGAAGCUCAAAGUCAGGGGACGGCCUCACACUUCUCAACUCCCUGAUUUCCAACAUCAACUCCAAAGAAACCCCCAAACGUGCUUUGUUCUCCAAUCUCCCCUUCGAGAUUGCUCCCGGACUGAGGAUAUCGGUCAAGGGCUACAACGUCAUCCACCGCCAGACGCCAGCCAGAACAUCAUACAUUUAUUUAGACGGCGAGAAGCCUCAACUUACCAACGGCGAGACGACCCGCAUCGCCGAGGACAGUGCCCGGACGGUGGAAAAGACCGAGUUCAAGAAGGCUUACAAGUUUGGCGGCGAAGCAGAAGUCUCUCAAGGAUUUCGGUUCCCCAUCAUCCGCGUCAUCGGCUUCAAGCCGCGCUCCAUGCUCCCCUUCUGGGCCAGUGUCAAGAAAUCGACCUUCAUCUUCCCUUCUGAAGAAGACUACGUCGGCUCGACCCGUGUCUUUAGUGCCCUGUGGCAAAAGCUGCUCAAAGACAAGAAGAUCGGCAUUGCUUGGGCCAUCACCCGUUCCAAUGCCAGUCCCAUUCUCGUUGCCAUCAUCCCUUCUCAUGAAAAGUCAGAAGAUGACUCAGGGACUCCAUACCUCCCUGCCGGUCUUUGGCUCUACCCGCUUCCCUUCGCCGACGACCUCCGCGAGGGCCCUGAGCCUCCCAGCAACCUCGUUGUCGGCUCCAACGAGCUCAUCGAUCGCAUGCGCAUCAUCGUCCAGCAGCUGCAGCUGCCAAAGGCCAUGUACAACCCGAAGAAGUACCCCAACCCCUCGCUGCAGUGGCACUACAAGAUCCUCCAGGUCUUGGCUCUCGAAGAGGAGUACCCAGAGAAGGCGGAAGAUCUCACGGAGCCAAAAUACAAAGCCAUUAGCAAGCGCGCCGGAGGGUAUCUGGACGAGUGGGCCGAGGUUCUGCAGGCUGAGACAAAGAACGCAUUGGCUAAGGCGGCUAUCAAGCGCGAUGUGGACGAGGAUGAUGUCGAGAGGCCCGCCAAGAGGGUGAAGGCGGCGCCAAAGACGGAAAAGGUGCCUGGGUCCGGGAUGACCACGGCGCAGCUCAAGGCGGCGGUUGAUGGCGGCGGUUUGAGCAAGAUGCUAGUGGCGGAUCUCAAAGACAUCCUUGCUGCUAGGGGGCAGAGCACGACAGGGAAGAAGACCGAUCUUAUUGAGAGGAUUGAGCAAUGGGUGGAAGACAAUGCCUGA